CUGUCCAACAGGUUUGUGAUGUGACCUCUCUCUAAGCAAACGGCAUACACUUUGUGGCCGGACGGUUUCAACAGAAAAAUCAGCAAUAAGAAGUUCAGUUGGAAGAAAUAUUGGUGCCUCCAUGUUUCUGAAAAUCAAGAAGGAUAUGUGGUGUUUUUUUCCUGGAAAGCUUUGACAGACCAACCAAGUAAAGAGGCAACAACGUUGGACAGGUUCAUCCUCUACAGCAGUGUUGGAAUAAUUCCCCAGACGUCCUUCCUUGUUAUUUUCCGUGUUGUUUUUUGCUUCAAUGGCAGCCUCUUCAGCUGCGUGGAUUGCCUUGCUAUCCCUGCUGCAGCUGGCCAACGGCUCUGUCACCUACAGGCACGCUCCAGGAGACCCAGUGUUAGUGGAUGAACAGUCAGCGACCUCCUUCCUGUCCCGUUCGCUGCUCUAUAACAGUUGGGACUUGGAGCUGGUGGUGACUGACAACCUGGAGAGGGAGUGCGUGGAAGAGAUGUGCAGCUAUGAGGAGGCCAGAGAGGUGUUUGAGGACGACUCUAUGGCGCAAGCAUUUUGGAAGGACUACAAGCAAGAGUAUGCACCCAGAGUGGAUGUGUCAGGGCUGGUGGCAGGGAUUCUGGCUGUCCUGCUGUCUGCUGCUAUUGUCACUGUGCUGGGAAUCUACUGCUACAAAGCCAAGAACAAGAGUGGACAGAGAGCUCCAGUGAGAAUGGCAGCAGAUGGGUGUCCAGCCCCAGAGAUGGUGCCCCUAGCUGGGAUUACCGCCCCAGGUCUACCUAGCUACAAUGAGGCUCUGACCCGCAGUGGACAGCACGAUGCUCCGCCACCUCCAUAUUCAGGGGGUGCGCCAUCGGAGAGUGCUGAUCCAGGAGACAACGAAUGAGAGGGCUGGCAGAGCCUCUUCAUUAUGCUUGAUGGGCACUGGUGGUUUGAGUGAACUUUGAAAUAUUGAAUUAUUUUUUGAUAUACUGUAUUUAUGAGUGAAGUUGGGACACAAUCCCAGAAUGCACACUGCUGACAGUAUGAUCUGCGUAUUACUGUCCAUAACUGAUGGUUGAGGGUGGGUAUCGUGUUUGUGGCUGCACUGUUCACACAACAAUAGACAAUCCAUUCCUUCUACAUGUUUUAUACAAUAAAUCGCAUACGAUUA